UGUAAUUUUAAAGAUGGAUAAUGAGAUAAAUAUGAAUAUAGAUAUAAUAUGCUAACGCAUAUUUGGGUGGAUUUAUCCAAAUUCGAAACUGUGAAAGUUUCGUUGCCUCUCAACAGAUGACGCGUUUUGACUUGUACACAGAGUAGAGUGUCAUUUUUCAACCUCUAAGCCUGGUUGUCAUUGCGUUGAGAUUAAAAAGGUUGUUUUCUAAUGUUGUGACUUAUUGCAUUACCACGCAUAAUCAUAAUUCUUAAGAAUGAGUGAGGUCGACAAAAUAUCUGAACCUAUUGGUGUGCAAUCUGCUGAAGUUCUGGGAUGGACAAAAUCACUACGCGAUAGAACCCCAUCGCCUGGUAGAGCAAAGGCGCGAUCUAGGAGUCCUUCCCCUGCACAUAAAAGUGCAAGAAGCAGAACUCCUAGAAAAGAGGUGUUCUCAGGAACCGUGCCAUCUUCUCCAGGCGUGUUGAUGAUGGAGAUCCCCAAGCCAAAAACUUCCAAAGUCCCAAAGAUGUCCCAGUCCCAGAAACUGUCGCAGUCCGCCAAGUUGUCUUCGACACGAAAGUCAGAUAAUGCCCUACGUAGGUCCACUGGUGGCGUGGCAUCAUCACUCACUGUGAAAUCUGUGUCGAAGAGUCAGAAUGGACCAACAGAGGGAAUCGAGGCAGAAUACAUUAAAAACCUGCAGCAACAGAUCUAUUUUCUUGAGCUGGAAACCAACUAUCUGCGUGAGCAGGCAAAGAAGGCUACAGAUAUGCACCCUAUGAUGUCUGCAGAGGCAGAGAGGAUGCUUGCCAAACUUAGGUCCAUGCAGUCAGAAAUGGAAGGGCUGGAGGUUGAGAAUCGUCGAAAGGAGAGCAGCAUCGGCCUUGUUUCCCGCGAGAAGGAACACAUGGCCGAAAAACUAAGGGAGGAGGAAGAGGCACGUGCACGGGAUAAGCGGAUGUUGAUGGAUGAAGUUAUUGAGCUGAAGAAGACUAUGGCUAGGCUCGAGUCAGAUGUCUCAUACAAGGACAGCCAGCUGCUGGAUGCCAGGAACGAGCUUGACAAGAGUGCUACAGCCCUGAAAAAUGCGGAAACUAAGAUUGUCACACUGAAAAGUCAGCUGGAGCAGCGUAUAGAGCAGCACAAGAUGACCCAGAUCAGCCUGGAUGAGAAGCGCUCAGAGCAGCUGAGUCUUGAGACCCAGCUGAGGACGACAGAGGAGAAAUACUACAACAGCACUGUCAAUCUUCAGGACAAGGUUGUAGCUGACCUCAGGGAUGAGAUUCGAGACCUGCGCCAGAAGAUGAAAGAAGCUGAAUUGACAGCUGAACAAGAGAGACACCUACGUACGAAGAUGUCUGAUGACAGUUCUACCAUCAUACGUGAGAAUGCCACCCUCCAUCAGCAGGUCGUUGAGGUGACCAAGCAGCUGGAAAGGGAAAAGAAUUUUCGUGAUGAGAUAGAGUCCCGCCACCAGGCUGACAUCUCAGAGAUGGUAUCUGGGAAGGGAAGGGAAAAGGAGCUACGCUUUGAGAUAGAAUACAUGCGGGAACAGCUCAACAAGGAAGCUGAGCGUAUUAAGCACCUCCAGGAACAGCUGAGUUUCAAGGAGUCAACAUCAACGCAGCAGGAGUUACAGUUGAACACAGCGCGAAGUCGUGUGACAGAGAUCUCUUCGAUGCACGAGGCUCUGGAGAAAGAGAACACACAUCUCCGAAAAGACAAGGCUCUCCUUGUAGACCAUGUCGCUGAUAUACAGAAAAAGUUGGAGUCAAAGAAUGAGGAGGCUGUAUGUCUACGAAGCGAGGUGAUCAGCCUGGAGAGCCGCGUACAGGAGCUGGAGCAGCUCACCACCCAUGAGUUCUCAUCACAGAGUCAGAAAUGGGGAGAGUUUGAGAAGCUGGCGGAGAGCAUGCGCACCCUGUCGCACACCAUGGCUACCUCUCGCCCUUCCAGGAGUCCUGGCAACACACUCUCAUCCACCGCCAGCAGGCCCUUACAGUUUUAGGGGCCAUAAAGACAGUUGUGUUGGCAACCAUAUGGUUAUAGGAGAUCUUUGAGAUAAAUCUCCACCAUUAAAGCUCAAGUGUAGAACGCAUUCUGAUAAAAGUGUCUGUGUAUGAAUUCUGUACUGUGUACGCUAGGAGAUAUGUAGGGGAAAUUGUAUUGUUAGUCAUUGACGCUUUGAUUGUUUGUAUCUGCUUUAAAAGUUAGUUCCCUACCUUUUAUGGACAUUAGAUCUGAAAAUGUGGACACCACUGGACAGGCAUGAACAACGAAGACGGUGUGCUAGUUUCAGCCCUGAAAUAGUAUUCAUGGAGUGAAAAGUACUUGUUUGAUCUUGGUUAUUAUUUUUAUAUUUGCACAAUUUCCCAUUAUAUUUUUACAAAGAUACAUUAACAAAAAUACUUAAAUGUUUGGUAAACCUUUUGUAGUUGUUAUUGGCCUUGAAUUAUCUUCAAGUACAAAGUUUGUACAGCUGUGUUAUGUAUGAUUACAUUUGCACGAACAUUUCAGUGGGUUUAGUUGCAUAAAUCUCACACUUGCAUUUAAAGAAUAUUGCUUGCCAGUUUUAAUAGUUAAUGUUUUAUCAUCUUGUUAGCUGCAUUAUAUACUCAGCAACAAUGUUCAUAGCACUUUCAUUUUUAUUUAAAAUAAAAAUAGUUGUUCAUCUCAGGAAAUAACUUAGCAUAAUCAUGUUUUUCAGUUAUUGUGAUCUAUUAUUCUAAUGUUGCAUACACAGUCAUAUUGACAGUCUGUCCAAGUAAAUUUGAAAUGAAAAAAUAAUUGGUUUGGUCCAUUAUAGGUUUAACAAAUUUGUGUUAGCAGUUCUUUUGUAUUCAAUUCAAUUGGAUGCAUUUAUUUGCUAUAGGCCUCCGACCCAAGACAUCUUUUCAAAUGUCAAACUCUUCUCAUUUGCUGCUUACGACUUAUAUUAUUACUGUUUGUAAUAGGCAAUGUCAUCCACGGAGGCAUGUAACAGACAUCUUUAUUUAAUGUUCUGAAACCCAUUGUCAUUCCUAUGUUCUUCACCAGAUAUUACUUGCCUUAUUUCAGCCCACACAUGUCAUAGGUCUACAAGCAAAUAUUCCUUUAUUUUGUCAACGACUUAUCCACAACCUACAUUAAGCUUCCACUUUACAGUUGAUGUUUUUCUACUCUAGUGGCAGCCUUUCCAGGCUACAUGUAGACAGUCCAUGAUCUGAUCCUAUGUUGCUGAUAUUUGCGAUGUGAAUAUUUUAUUCCUGACCUGUUUUUCUUCAUGCUCUCAACUUCAACUUGUCGUCUCAAUGCUUGCAAUAGAUGACUCGUUACACAACGUAACAGAUGAACAUAUGGAAAGGGCCAGGACAGCUUACACAACGUAACAGAUGAACAUAUAGAAAGGGCCAGGACAGCUUACACAACGUAACAGAUGAACAUAUGGAAAGGGCCAGGACAGCUUACACGACAUAACAGAUGAACAUAUGGAAAGGGCCAGGACAGCUUACACGACGUAACAGAUGAACAUAUGGAAAGGGCCAGGACAGCUUACACGACGUAACAGAUGAACAUAUGGAAAGGGCCAGGACAGCUUACACAACGUAACAGAUGAACAUAUGGAAAGGGCCAGGACAGCUUACACAACGUAACAGAUGAACAUAUGGAAAGGGCCAGGACAGCUUACACAACGUAACAGAUGAACAUAUGGAAAGGGCCAGGAUAGCUUGUGGCAUGUUUGAAGGAUUCCGAACUUGCCUUGACUUGAGGGUUGACCUUGGCUUGAACCAGAGUUGUACUUUACUACCUUGAAACGGAUGUAUUGCAAUGAAAUGGCUGUUCAAUUCUAAAGAGCAUAUUUAUUACAUGACAAUCUAAUUGAAAAUGACAUCUAUAUUGCUGUUAUAUGUACCUCUUUAUAGCCAUAUAAAAAACCUAGGCCUACAAAUUUGUUGAAUUUGAAUAUUUGCCAUGAAAAUUAAAUAAACUUGCGUGGCUGAUUAUUAGAAGGUAAUGGGUGUCAAUGUUAAUUAUUAAAAUUUUAUUCCACGUAUAUUAUAUGGUAUGUGGUUAUCAUCAUUUGGUGGGAAUUUUAUUGGAGAGAUUGAGUGAUAAUCCAUUUUAUAGCUUGAGAUGUUAUCCGAUUUUUUUGAAUACAAAAAACUCACAUAUUUUUAAACUCCUAUAUAAAGUUAUUGUUUGCUGUUUUCACCAUAUUUAGGUAAGAUAUCUCUCACUUAUGUAGAAUGGCUCAUGUUAUGUAGUUUAUUUAUCUAUUUUACACUGAACUUUGUUAUUGCCACAGGGAAAUUAGUUGUAGUUAGAUGUUUUAAAGAGAUUAUAAUGUGUAUAAUAUGUAGAUUGAGUGUUCUUAAAUAGUUCUGUUGAACCAUCCACAUUUUAUUUGAGGAGUUUGAAAGGGAUAGUGUUACAUGUUAUAAUAAACUAUAAUAAAGUAUGCUAUUCAUGAAUGUAGAUCCUAUUAUACAUUCAUAGACUUCUGUAAAGUCAAUAAGUAGUUUUGUUGAGCUUGCAAGUGAUAUUGACCUAAAUAGACUAUAACUGUAUUAUAUUACAUAUGUUGCAUGAAAUUGCCACUCUGAUUGAUUGAAUAGUCAGAAAUCAUUUAUAUAGACUCUGAAAAAAGUAAUGAUGACUCCUGGUCUUCUCUUUCUAUGCUGGAUUUAGCAUUUCUUGAGUCUAUUUCUUUUUGGCUGCCUCUUUAUGUGACACUUAUCUACCAAUCAGAAUUGCAUUUACAUGCUAGCUAUGAAAUAUUCUCCUUUACAUUGAUUCAGUUUGUUUGUCUCUAGUUAAAGUACAGAAGCUAUAUAACACACAACAAUAUCUCAAAACAAUGUUAAAAUAACUCCUUGUUUAAAAGAUCUGUUUUACUAGUGUAUAUUUUGUUGUUGUUUUUAUCAUUAAAACUAUCGUCUUUUAUUCCAAAACUGUGAUAGAACCACAACAUUAUUUCAUAAUGUAUCCGGUCAAUAAAUGAUAAUAAUUAUA